UCCAAAAUAAGCUCCACGGAAUCUCCGCCAUCCACCACGUGUCUCACGCUGAUUGGACCUACUUCCACUCCUCUCCUCGUUUAAAUCCCCCACCCCUCGAUUCCCCAAUUCUCCAUUUUUACGAGCCUAGAUCUUCUAUCUCCUUCGUCGUUAACACAGGUUUUGAGAAAAAAAAUUAAGACACAGCGAAGAUGUCGCCAACUGAUUCUUCACGGGAGGAGAAUGUUUACAUGGCCAAGUUGGCCGAACAGGCUGAGCGUUAUGAGGAGAUGGUUGAGUUUAUGGAGAAGGUCGCAAAGACCGUGGAUGUUGAGGAGCUAACUGUGGAGGAAAGAAACCUCCUCUCAGUUGCCUAUAAGAAUGUGAUUGGAGCUAGGAGAGCUUCGUGGAGGAUCAUUUCUUCCAUUGAGCAGAAGGAGGAGAGCAGGGGUAAUGAGGAUCAUGUGUCGAUCAUCAAGGAGUACAGGAGCAAGAUUGAGACUGAACUGAGCAAGAUCUGUGAUGGGAUCUUGAACCUCCUUGAGUCCCACCUUAUCCCAUCAGCAUCAUCUGCUGAGUCCAAGGUGUUCUACCUUAAGAUGAAAGGUGACUACUAUAGGUACCUUGCUGAAUUUAAGACUGGAGGUGAAAGAAAGGAAGCAGCUGAGAGCACUUUAUUGGCUUACAAAUCUGCUCAGGACAUUGCUCUGGCUGAGUUGGCUCCGACUCACCCUAUUAGGCUGGGACUUGCUCUCAACUUCUCAGUGUUCUACUAUGAAAUUCUUAACUCACCAGACCGUGCUUGCAAUCUGGCUAAACAGGCUUUCGAUGAGGCUAUUUCUGAACUUGACACACUGGGUGAGGAAUCUUACAAAGACAGUACUUUGAUUAUGCAACUUCUCCGAGACAAUCUGACACUGUGGACCUCUGACAUCACGGAUGAUGCCGGCGAUGAAAUUAAGGAAGCAUCAAAGCGUGAGUCAGGCGAUGCCCCCGCACAGUGAUUGAGUUUGGAUCGUAGGAUAUGUGCUAUGUGUACCUUUAUCUUCAGACCUUUAAUAGAUGCCAUAUGGUUGUAGCAGGAUUUCCUCUAUGAACUUGAUGAUCUUGGUGCGUCAGCACUUGCAGUUGGAAUAUUCCAACAGAUCGUAAAAUUGCUUUUAUAAUUGGCGAGAAGAAUUUGGUUCGGUGCUUUGAUUGCUCUGCUAUAUGAAUUAGUGUCAAAAGUUAGUGGUUUUUGUU